AUGAUCACCACUUGGAUCCUGGAUCGUGCCAUUAACCGCGUCUUGCUACCGGAGAAUUCGAACCUCCCAGCACAGCAAGCAGGCUGCCGCAUUUGCCAUCAGCUCGUGGUGGGGCCUGUGAGGACGCCGUGCGGGUGUCUCUUCUGCAACAGCUGUGUUCGAGAACAUCUGAAACGACAAGCUCGCUGCCCUCAGCAUGUUAGGAACCUGCUCUGGCCUGGACUGGAGGCUGCAGUACACGCAACAGCCUGGAUCGGCCAGCUGCAUUUGUACGAGUUCUUGACCUUCGGUGGCAUAUCGUACAUUUUGAGCACGUACUGGCCAGAUUCGCUCUGGACGUGGCGAUGCUUACUGCUCUACGGUAUCCGGCUGUACAUUCCAGGAUUAUGGCUGUUCUGCGUCCUCGUCGCCAUCGACGUAGUCGCUGCAGUUGAGGCUAGGGGAUGGGUACAAGAGGCCUGGAUCAUUGCUGAGCGUGGCCGGACGGCUCGCCCCUGGGCUCUGGCUGGGCUUCUGGGCUUGAACAACAUAAUGUUGGGGGUCGCUGCCGGGUUGUGGACAAAGAUGAGGUACGAGGCGGGGAGCGCCAUGAUCGCGGCCUUUUCCAUCCAAUACUUCUUCGGCGAGCUGCUGGCAAAUUCCGCCAGGCAAUAG